UCUCAUGGAGGCGGUAACUUGGAACGAAAGUAUGCGUAUUUUGUGCAUUGGCCAUGGUGGGGGAAGCUUGCCAUUGUUUUUGGCUAGUGCUGUUGUUGACAGACAUAGUUGAAAUCGACCCUCUUGUUAUCUCGGCCUCAGUUAAAGCUAUGGGGUUUCCAGCUUUCUCAGUUGUUACUCCGUCGGGCAAGCGGACUGUCUCAAAACCCGAUACCAUGGAUGAGGUUCUGUGGAAAUGCAUCCACGAGAGGCUGUUCCUCUAUGAGUCCGAUGCUGAGGAGUUCAUUCUCAACAACACCAGCUUGUACAAUAUGAUCUUCAUUGAUGCUUAUGAUGGCGAAGAUAUCUUCCCUCACAAGUUAUGGGAUCCACAUUCCCCAUUUUUAAAAGCUCUCAGCAAUUGGCUUCGCCCUGAACAUGGCACGGUUGUGGUGAACCUUCAUUCGGACACUGAGAUCUUGAACCCUGAUGGCUCUGCUCCAUCCGUUCUGCAGCAAACCUUGCCAAUGGGAAAGUAUGUCUCGGGGUUUGCCAGGCAUACAAGGACGUGGCAGUAGGUAAUGGAAGUAGUUGUGGGGGAAAAGAUUCUGGUUUGGGGUUUACUGUUUCAGUUCCUUGGGUGGCCAAUACGUCUCUGGUUGUCUGCAGAGGCUUUGGGGUUAAGGGUGGGCCUGGCAACAGAGAUGUGAUCAUGAACACUCUCAUAUCCAAAUCCUUUGAACUGGAA